AUGACUGAUUCGCGACUCCCUCCAAAUAAACGCCCCCAUGAGGCGGUGGACCAAGACGAGAAUGAGUCCUCAGACGAAGACGAUUUCGGUCCUGCAUUACCGUCUGCAGAUGCCCCAAAGAAAAAGAGACGAAAGCUCCCUUUCGAAAAGGUCUACGUGAAUGCGCUCCCGGCGUCGUCGCGGUACUCCAAGUCGCUCAUGCACAAGGACCAACUAUCCUUCGUGACUAUGACUCCGUUUACCGAUUUCCUGAUUACGAGCUCGGUCGAUGGGUUUGUCAAGUUCUGGAAGAAGAUGGCCGUGGGUGUGGAGUUUGUCAAAGAGUUCCGGGCGCAUCCUCCUGAGAAGCUUCGAAGCGUGAGUGUCAGCGCUGAUGGGAGGAGCUUUGCGACGACUGGAGCAGACAAGACUAUUAAGAUCUUUGACGUUGUUACUUUUGAUCUUCUCUCUAUGCUCAGUCUAGAAUUCAUCCCCCGUUGCGUUUGCUGGGUGCAUCGACGAGGCGCAUCGAUACCAUUAUUGGCUGUGACAGACGAGUCAAGCAGUACAAUCCAGAUAUUCGAUGGCCGUGGCACGAAUCCUACCCCUUUACAUACUGUCAAAUCGAUACACCGGACUCCGGUGGCUACAAUUGCAUUCAAUAACACAUUCGACUGUGUCGUUUCUGCAGACGAAUCGGGUAUGAUAGAGUACUGGCGAGCCGGCGACGGUUCGUUUGAGAAGCCGGACAACGUGUUUGAGCUCAAGUCGUCAACCAACUUAUUCGAGUUCAAGAAGGCAAAGUCGACCCCAGCAUCGCUGUCCAUCUCACCGACCGGCCAACACUUCGCUACGGUUUCCUUCCCCGACCGCCAGGUGCGGAUUUUCGAUUUCGCCAGUGGAAAGCUGUAUCGCAAGUACGAUGAAUCUCUCGGCACAAUCAGCGACAUGCAACAAGCCGGCACAGCAAUCUAUCCACUGGACACAGUUGAAUUUGGACGGCGACUAGCGGCGGAACGAGAAGUAGAGAACCCAGUCACCAUCCCCCGGGUGAAUGUGGUAUUCGACGAGUCAGGCCACUUCAUCCACUACGGCUCCCUCUACGGCAUUAAAUGCAUCAACACAUACACAAACCGAGUGGUGCGGGUAUACGGUAAAGACGAACCCUUCCGCGCCCUCAACCUAACCAUGUACCAAGGCCAGCCACAGAAGAAAGGAAUCACAACAGUCUCCAUGGCAGCCAGCUCUAACCCCCUCCUCCAAGAAGCCGAAGAACGUGACCCAAUCCUCGUCAGCACGGGCUUCGCCAAAGUCCGCUUCUACCUCUUCACUAACGAAACCGACGUCUCCAAGUCCAACCGCGACGUCCACAACGAGCGCAUCCAAACUGGCGAGGGUCGCGGGGCUAAGGAAACAACGCAACGCGCUAAUGAACUCGGCACAGCGGCCGUCCUCCACACCACCAUGGGCGAUAUCCACCUCCGCCUCUUCCCGUCAGCCGCACCAAAGGCCGUGGAGAACUUCACCACGCACGCGCGCAACGGAUACUACAACAAUACCAUCUUCCACCGUGUGAUCCGCAAGUUCAUGAUCCAGGGUGGUGAUCCGCUUGGCGACGGAACAGGCGGCGAGUCGAUCUGGGGCGGCGAAUUCCCGGAUGAAUUCUCGACUCUGAAGCAUGACAAGGCGUAUACAUUGUCCAUGGCGAAUGCUGGGCCGAACACGAAUGGAAGCCAGUUCUUCAUUACAACGGAGAAAACGCCGUGGCUGGACGGGAAGCAUACGAUUUUUGGGAGGGCGGUGCAAGGGAUGGACGUCGUGCAUAAGAUUGAGAAUACGAAGACGUACAAGGAGAAGCCGGAGGAGGAUAUCAAGGUUGUUAGCAUUACGGUCUCAUAA